ACAAUCAGUUCGUUUAAGCGAUUCCAUGCACUAUGGUUAAACGCUUCUCCAUAUGUACAUACAUACAUAUUUAUAAAAUUUAACACUAUCCUCUCUUCAAAAUGUCCAUGAUCGUACUUUCUUAAUCAGUUGUUACAUAAUCUCAGUUCCGAAAUUUGUUUCACUUGAGAAAGAUGUUUGUCUAUGUCGCCCUCGGCGUUACGCUUUUUCUUACAAUUUACUUCUUCCUUUUGAAAGAUGAGCAUAACAAUAAAGAACCACCAGGACCAAAACCAUGGCCAAUUAUAGGAAAUCUGCUCGAUUUGGCGAAGGCAUCGGAUAACAUGACCUUGUCGAUGGGAAUAUUGGCGGAAAAAUAUGGGGAAAUAUUUUCCUUAAAAAUUGGAUCUAAAAGGACAGUCAUCCUCACAUCGAAAGAAGCCAUGCAGACCAUCCUCACCAAUGAAGCCACGCUUGCUCGGGAUUUCUCGGGAAUGUUUGCAGAUCGAAGUUUCAAUAAAAAAAUAGGAAUUGCCUUUUCUGAAGGAGAACUUUGGGACAAGUUGAGACCUUGGGCGUUUAAAACUUUACGAGAAUUCGGUUUCGGUAAAUCUUCCGAUAUGGAACAUUUCAUUCAGGAUUCUUCCCAACGUUUAUUUGGCACAAUUGACGACAAGAUCGGAACUGGUAAAAGCUGUGACGUCGAUGUCGAACUUAUCUUCAACAACCCAAUCCUUUCCAUCAUGUGGCAAAUGGUGGUUGGUCGCAUUUCACCGGAAGACGAACCGUACAUCAAACUACUCGCGGAGAAAGGGGAUGCUUUCGUUCGAUCCGGCAUUCUUGGGACGGGGAUCGUCAAUGCGUUUCCGUUUUUGAGAUUUGUAUUUCCAAAGGCGUUGGGAUACAAUGUGCAAAUGGAUUAUUUCAAUACUUCCAAUACAAUCGCACUAAAUUUGUUCAAGGAAAUGCAAGAAAAAUGGAGUACGUCACAAACGACACCGACAAAUUUAUUGGAAGCCUUCGUCCAGAAUUUUAGCACGGAUCCGAAAAUUUUUAAUAGUGAAAAUUUCCAGCUCACAUUUCAAGACUUGCUUCUCGCCAGUACCGACACAUCCAGCUCUUACAUGGAGUUUGUCAUACUGUUCCUCGUAGCUUAUCCGGAUGUACAGGAGAAGAUUUAUCAAGAAAUUUUAAAAGUUGUACCGGAUGGGAGAGACUUAUGUUUUUCAGAUAGAAAAGAGAUGCCGUACAUCCAAGCUUUCUUCUUGGAGACGCAUAGAAAGGGACGAGUCCUCCAGAACAUGCUGCCUCGUCGCGCUCUGUCGGACAUUGCUUAUAAGGAUUAUAUUAUUAAAAAGGAUACCAUUAUCAUGGCCGACACGCGGCUGUACUAUGAAAGUCAGGAAAAUUGGACAGAUCCAGACGCAUUUAGACCGGAACGUUUUCUUAACGAGGCUGGACAAGUUGUGAAUGCAGGGAAUAUUAUCUCUUUUUCGUUUGGGAAGAGGAACUGUCCUGGAGAGCUGCAUGCGAACAUUGUUGCAUUUUUGUUGGUCACCUCACUCCUCCAACGGUACAAAUUGAGCGUUCCGAAAGGUCAAGAAAUGCCCAGGUUAGACUUGAAGCCGGGAUUAACUCUAAAACCGUACCCUUUUCAAGCCACAUUUACCAAGCGAUAGGAUAAAUGUUGAAGGAUUGAUAAGGUUAGAUUAGCAGUUAUAAAUUCACAUUGCAUUGUGUUUUUUUAUAAAUUGAAUAUCGCAACAUUGUGCCAUUCAUAAUAAAUGUUGUAACUUUAUUGUUUUCAUACAAAUUCACAUAAA